AUGGCCGUUGUUGUUUCCUCAAGGUUGCAUUCCUAUGCGUGUUGCCUCCUUUUCAUAAUCAUAUCUCAAGCCAGCGCGCAGCCAAGUUUCGUAAAUCACUUCUGUGUCAGUGACGAGGGCAGAUUCGCAGCCAACAGCACUUAUGGCACCAACCUCAAAACCCUUUUGUCCAAUCUCACUUCCAACACACAAAUCGACUAUGGUUUCUACAACCUCUCUUACGGCGAAAACAGUGACAGGGUGAACGGCAUUGGAAUGUGCAGAGGAGAUGUUAAACCAGAUGAAUGCCGCAGCUGCAUAAACAAUUCAAGGGUUCUUCUAACACAGCUUUGUCCAAACCAGAAAGAGGCAAUUGGGUGGUAUGACAAGUGCAUGUUGCGCUACUCAAACCGCUCAAUAUUUGGCCUCAUGGAAACUUCACCUUUGUUUUACACGUUGGAGUUAGUCAAUGCAACGGACGUGGACCAGUUCAACCAAGUAUUGGAGAACUUGUUGAGGAAUCUAACAGGCAUAGCUUCUGCAUCAGGUGACUCUCAUCGUAAGUAUGCUGCGGGAAAUGCAAGUGCACCAAAUAUAGAAACCAUAUAUAGUGUUGUGCAGUGCACUCCUGACUUGUCUCAACAAGACUGCAACCGGUGCUUGGUUGAAGCUGCCUCAAGAAUCGAAAACAGCGGCAAGAUAAGUGGCAGAGUUGCAACACCCAGUUGCAAUAUUAGAUAUGAAAACUAUAGCUUCUAUGAUCAACCUUCUACUACGGCAGAUGCACCAGCACCCUCACUGUGA